CAUGCAACACCACGCUCACUCCUCAACACAAAAAAGGCAAAUAUUUAAUCACCACCAAAGCCAUGCAGGCUGUGAAACCACGCGCCGCCAUGCUCGCAAGCCCCGGCAUGGGCCAUGUCAUCCCUGUGAUCGAGCUGGGCAAGCGUCUCGCCUCCGAUCAUGGCUUCCACGUCACCGUCUACGUCCUGGAAGCUGACGCGGCAUCAGCUCAGUCCCAGUUCCUGAACUCCGAGGAGGCCCUCGUCAACGUCGUUGGCAUUCCCUCGCCGGACAUCUCCGCCAUAGUCGACCCCUCGGCCCAUGUGGGUAUCAAGAUCGCGGCCAUGAUGCGAGAGACCGUACCGGCCCUCCGGUCAAAGAUCGAGGCGAUGCAACACAAACCAACGGCUCUCAUCGUGGACUUGUUCGGCACCGAGGCCCUACGUCUCGCCGACGAGUUCGACAUGUUGAAGUAUGUCUUGAUAGCUUCCAACGCUCGGUUCCUGGCGGUGGCUAUAUAUUUCCCAACGAUAGACGAAGCCAUGGAAAAAGAACACGUAAACCAGAGCAAACCGCUCGCAAUUCCGGGUUGUGAACCGGUUCGGUUUGAGGAUACACUCGACGCGUACCUCGACCGGACCAGCCCACUUUACCGCGAGAUGAUCGGUAUGGGUCAGGCUUUUACGACGUCAGAUGGUAUUUUGGUGAAUACAUGGGAGGAAAUGGAGCCCAAAUCGUUGAAAUCUCUGCAGGACCAUAAACUCCUCGGUCGGAUUGCCCGUGUACCGGUUUAUCCGAUCGGUCCGCUUUGCAGACCAGUCGAACCGUCGAAAAAUAGCCACCCGAUUUUGGACUGGUUAGACCAACAACCGGAUGAGUCGGUCCUUUACAUAUCAUUCGGGAGCGGCGGCUCAUUGUCGACCAAGCAGCUAACAGAGCUGGCUUGGGGUCUCGAACAGAGCCGACAACGUUUCGUCUGGGUGGUCCGACCACCUGUUGACGGCUCAGCGUUCAGCGCAUUUUUUGCGGUCAACAACGGCAGCGUUAGGGACGGAACGCCGGAAUAUCUCCCUGAAGGGUUCGUGACUCGCACGCGCGAUCGAGGCCUGGUGGUUCCAUCAUGGGCCCCGCAGGCCGAAGUCUUAGCCCACCGGUCCGUGGGCGGGUUCCUGACGCACUGCGGUUGGAACUCGACGCUAGAGAGCGUCGUGAGCGGCGUUCCGAUGAUCGCGUGGCCGCUCUUCGCCGAGCAGAUGAUGAACGCUGCCCUGCUGGAAGAUGAGCUCUGCGUAGCCGUCCGAUCUGAGAAGCUACCAUCGGACGGCGUGAUUUCAAGGACGGAGAUCGAAGCGAUGGUGAUGAAAGUGAUGGUGGAGGAAGGAGGGCAUGAGAUGCGGAGGAGGGUGAAGGAUCUCAUGAACACGGCGGCUAACUCGCUGAGCUAUGACGGCGGGUCGGCGCGUGACUCGCUUUCUAAACUCGCCAAAGAGUGCGAACUUCAUUUGGACCGUGUCACUGACAUGGCACGUGGUGCUUAGCGAUUGGCUGUUGUUGUACGGUUCUGUGUUGUUUUUAGCCGGUAAGUGGGUCGGAUCAGUGGGAUAUUGUCGUAACCGUGAACUGAUUAAGUAAAUAACCGGUUGUGGUGGUUACGGUAUCAUGUCCUGGCUGUUAUUAUCUAUGUAAUGUUUCAGUUGUAUGCUUUUGCAUGUUUAUUAUUUUUCUCGUGAUUUUAUGCGAUGGAAAUAAUAACAAUGUUUUAUCAUAUGAUAUUA